GCGUUCUCAACACUCACUGAAAUAACUUGUCGUACAAUGUUUAUUGGAUUACAAUCUAUCCUUCCCGUCUCCACCCCCAAUGGAGGCUAUUUACCUCAUUGGCUAUUCUUCAUUUCUGUGGUAUCAAUUUUCAACUCAGUGCAAGCUUACUUCUCUACCGAUUUAAGUAAAAAGGUUUAUUCAAACGCUUCCCCUUCAGAAAUUAGCCCAUUAGGAGUCAGAACUUUCGGAACUUGGACUUUCAUUACGUCGAUAGUUAGGUUGUACGGAUCUUGGUAUUUGGUUGGCAACAAGCAGAUCUUUGAAUUAUGCUUCUGGAGUUUUUUCGUCGCUUUCACUCACUUCAACCUCGAAUGGUUGGUAUACAAAAACUGCAAAUUUGACAAAGGGUUGGCUGGGCCUUUUCUAGUCAGCACCAUCAGUAUGAUAUGGAUGUUGAGCCAAAAGGACUUUUACUUGAGUGCCGACAUCAGUCUCUAAAUAGCAAAAUAGUAUGAUCCAACCUUUCAAAUUAUGACGAUGUAGAGAAGACUCCGAAGGAACAAUAUCUUGUCAAGUGUGUCUAU